AUGCCUGUGUGUAUAAAAUGGCAAUUGCGCCGAGCGAAAGAAAGUAAACAGCAAAAUGUGGAGUCCGGAGACAAAACCAAGAGGAAAACUAGAAAGGGAAAGUUGAUUAAGCUGUAUUUCGUAUUGGGUGUGCUGUUCGUUGGCAUAAACGGGGAGAAGAAGAUUAAUCUGGAGGACAUAGAGAGGGACAAUUUGAGAGUGGAAGCGUCCAAGUCUGGGAUCGUACGAUCGGAGGAAACCAAGUACCUAACGAAACCGGAAGUUAGUCAGCAACAAUAUCAGAUCCCCAGCCAGUACAGUAGGCCGACCAGCUCGCCCGUGACAUACGUCACCCCUCCGGCGAAUCAAAACCAGAACAAAUACGCCAACCGGGGUCAAGUUUACCAACAGCAGAACAACGUAUUACCCGAACAGACGUUACCUCUUCAAUACUACAAUCAAUAUCAGCAACAACAGCCUCCACCGAACGUUUACGAAACCCAACGCCUGAUCUAUCAACCGGAAGUGACCGUUGGCAAUCAGCUGCAGACCACCCAGCAGAAAUCGGCGACGGCAAAGUAUGCGAGGAACGGGAACAAAGAAACAGUGUACCUCGACGUCCCCAUGAUGCACCUACUGACCUAUUACCCGAAUUUAGACGUAAAUCCCGGUAAAAGCAGCGUGUUGGUGCCACGAUUGACUGCAGCUACGUCGGACCAGAUAUCCAUCCCUGUCUACACGUCUACCCUAAACCAGAAACCAAUUGUUUCGGUGAAGCCGACUUAUCAGCUUCAAUACCCCGGCAAAUACAAUGCAGCGAGCCCGACCGCUGUCACGACCAAGGCAAUAAAAGGCACCACGGUUUACGCCACUCCCGUUACUCCGAAGAAGUACACAAACGCCCCGUUAGCGAGCGUACCGACGUACUUUCCAACGGAGCAAUCGUACGCCCAAGGAAGGCAAUUCUUAUACACGCAGGCGUACAUCGCUCAGACCCAGCCGCAAUACGUCCCCCAGCUGGUUUACGCUCAGCCCACGAUGGUUUACAUGCAUGCCACGCCGGUUUACAGCGACGUUUACGCUCGUGCACCUGCCUACGGUCAGGAUAACGCCCCGCACGCCAACGGGAAGUACAGUGUUCCGAGCGAGCAGUUGGACACCGCGACGACGAUCGCCGAUCAGCUGCCAAAUCAAGCACCGAUACAGCAAGCAAGCCAGACCGUCUCUCUAAAUUACGUCAAGGAACCGGAGGAACCGAAUAGCGAUUUGGUGCCACCCCAACUGCCCGCUCAAGAUUUUAAAUCCGACAUCACGCCCCUGUUGCCCGUCCCUUCGCAGGACGACGAGUCCAUUUCAGCGCAGAACGACGUGGGUCUGUCCGAACCCAGAUCUCUGCUGGACUCGUACGUUCCCAGCAAAUUAAUCGCGGCCCAGGAUUACGCCAGAUAUCAAGAGAGGCCUAUAAAGCUGGAGAGCGGCUUUCUGCCGUCGAAGGAGAACUUCCUGCACAAGAAACGCAAAACCGAUUAA